GCUUUUAUUGCAACUUUUGGAGUUCUUUCUCUUCCUACAGAAUCACUACUACUGUCGCUUGUAACAUGGACCUGUCAAAAUAUCCCAUGGACACACAAACAUGCAGACUGCAGCUAGAAAGCUGGGGAUAUGAUGAAAAUGAUGUCAUCUUUACGUGGUUAAGAGGAAACGACUCUGUCCACGGCAUAGAGAAGUUGCGGCUCUCUCAGUACACGGUGGAACGCUACUAUACCCUGGUCUCGAAGUCACAGCAGGAAACAGGCAGCUACCCACAACUGAUACUGCAGUUUGAGCUGAGAAGAAAUGUCCUUUACUUCAUUCUGGAGACCUAUGUGCCCUCCACUCUGCUUGUCAUGUUGUCCUGGGUUUCUUUUUGGAUCACACUGGAUUCAGUGCCUGCAAGAACCUGCAUUGGAGUAACGACAGUGCUUUCCAUGACAACUUUGAUGAUCGGCUCACGAAGUUCACUUUCGAAAACCAACUGUUUCAUUAAGGCCAUCGAUGUUUACCUUGGCAUCUGCUUCAGCUUCAUCUUUGGUGCCCUUGUGGAAUACGCAGUGGCUCACUACAGCUCAUCACAAAAGCGUGCAACUAAAGCACCUCAGGAGAGGCCUGCAAAUGAACUCACUAAAGAAGUGGAAGAAGUCAAGAUCGCCAACAUCCUCAACAGCUCCAUCACCAGCUAUAAACGGAAAAUCAGCUUUACAAGCAUUGAGAUCUCCAGUGAUAAUGUAAACUGCAGUGACUUGACCAUGAAAACUCAUGAGAAAAUCAAAUGUGUUUUGAGAAACAAAAUGCACAGGAUUAUUGGUUAUUUCACAAUUCAGAACCCCAGCAAUGUAGACCACUACUCCAAAUUGCUUUUCCCUUUGUUUUUCAUGCUGGUCAAUGUGUUCUACUGGGCUUAUUACCUAUAUUUUUAG